AUGGAUGCAGGCGAGUUCGACCCUAUCAGUGUGGACGAGAACUACGAUGGUGACUCGGCGCUGGGGGACGACGAGCUCAGCGACACGACAUCGAUCGCAUCGUCCAUCAUGAAGCACCGGUACGAGCACGGCAGGCGAUACCACAAGUUCCGGGAGGGGGCUUAUUGGGGACCCAACGAUGACCUGCAAAACGAGCACCUGGACAUUGGCCACCACAUGUACAAGCUAGUGCUGGAGGAUAGAUUGCUUCUAGCCCCGGUGGGAAACAAUGUGCAGAGAGCGCUUGACGUGGGCUGUGGGACUGGUAUCUGGGCAAUCGAAUUUGCUGAAGAUCAUCCUGAGUCACAAGUGUUCGGUGUCGACUUGUCUCCGAUUCAGCCCAGCAUCAUACCACCAAAUUGCACAUUCAUGAUCGAUGACUGCACACAGGCCUGGUCCUUUCCGAAAGACCACUUCGAUCUGGUACACAUCAGAGCGCUCUUCGGCAGCGUUGCCGACUGGCCCGCCUUCUACAAGGAGGCAUUCGAGCAUACCAAACCCGGCGGAUGGAUCAACCAGCUCGAAAUGAGCAUUAUUCCCAAAUCAGACGACGGCUCACUGACACAAGACCACCUGCUGUCAGAAUGGGCAAGACUGUUCAUCGAGGCGGCUGAAAAGUUUGGCAAGUCCUUCGUCGUGAUAAAUGACAUGAAGCAACGCAUCAUCGAUGCUGGGUUCGAAGACGUCACCGAGGUCCGGUACAAGGUGCCACUUGGGAUGUGGCCCAGCAACCCGGCUUUGAAGGAGAUUGGUAGAUGGGAUCUCCUGUACUGCUACCAGGGCUGCGAGGGAUGGGCACUGUUCUUGCUGACGAAUGUCAUGGGCUGGGAGGCCGAGGAUGUGAAGAAACUUGUCGCCAGAUAUAAAGAGGCGUUGAGGGAUCCAAAAGUACAUGCCUACUGGGAAUUUUCCGUUGUAUAUGGACGAAAGCCAGCUGAAUGA